AAAUUCUAUCACUUUCUGAGUUCCAAAUUUCGAUUUGCAUCAAUGGCGAGUGGCGGUCGGCAGUUCCCACCACAGAAACAAGAAACGCAACCAGGGAAAGAACAUAUCAUGGAUCCCACCCCACAGUUCAUCAACCCUAAUUACAAAUCUGCUGAUAAACUCAGAGGAAAGGUGGCGCUGGUGACCGGAGGAGAUUCCGGCAUAGGAAGGGCGGUCUGCUAUUGCUUUGCUAGAGAAGGAGCAACGGUUGCAUUUACCUACGUGAAAGGCCAAGAAGACAAAGAUGCAGCAGACACCUUGAAGAUGAUUUAUGAGUCGAAAACCAAAGAUUCGAAGGAACCGAUUGCGAUCCCUGCGGAUUUAGGGUUUGAUGCCAAUUGUAAAUCGGUGGUGGAUCAAGUCGUAGGAAAAUACGGCGUUAUCGACAUCUUGGUGAACAACGCAGCUGAGCAGUAUAUGUGUAGGACCGUAGAAGAAAUCGAUGAAAAUUGGCUUGAUCGAGUGUUUAGGACCAAUAUUUACUCCCACUUUUUCUUAACAAGGCAUGCACUAAAGAACAUGCCGGAAGGAAGUAGCAUCAUCAACACGACAUCGGUUAAUGCCUACAAAGGCCAUGCCUCUUUGCUGGAUUAUACAUCAACCAAGGGAGCGAUCGUGGCCUUCAUUAGAGGUUUAGCUUUACAGCUGGCACCGAAAAACAUUCGAGUGAACGGUGUGGCACCGGGUCCAGUGUGGACUCCGCUGAUACCAGCAUCUUUUAACGAAGAGAAGACAUCGAAAUUUGGGUCGGAAUGCCCAAUGGGUAGAGCAGGUCAGCCUUAUGAGAUCGCACCAUCGUUUGUGUUUCUGGCAUCGGAGGACUCUUCAUACUAUACAGGCCAAGUGCUCCACCCUAACGGUGGAAUGAUUGUGAAUGCUUGAAAGAAGGUACUGUGGAUCAUAUAUGGACUCGUGGGUUGCUGGUUAAAAAACUGAAGUUGAUAUAUAAAUGUGCAAGUGUAGUGCGAUGUACUUGUUACGAUAUAUGUAGUUAUGUACAUAUUUCAUGAAUAAGAUAGUGUUUCUGGCCCUUCACAUUUGGAACCAACCAAUUCACAAAUUCGUUAA